CCUACCUAUGGACAUGAAGAAUGAGCAAGAUUUGAAGCUAAACUUCAAAAUGGCUCAGAUUGCUAAGAUCUCAGAGCAAGUGCAGCUCAAGUGUUCUGGUCACAAAUUCUACGACUUUUUCACUAACAAAAUGGACUCUGUCAUUCAAAUGUUUCCUCACAUUGUUACAAGCUACAAAAUUCUAGAAGGCAAUGGUUUCGCUCAUGGCAGCGUCAUCCAUCUAAAAUAUAACAUAGGUGGCCCAGCAGAGAUUAAGGAGAGGUUAGCCUUUGACGAUGCCAACAAAUCAAUAGCUUUUGAGGUGUUUGAAGGAGAUCUAUUCAGAGAUUUUGAAGUAUUCAAAAUGAAAAUGCAAGUUAUUAAUGAGAAAGGUAGCAAUGGGAGCUCGGUUAAUUGGUCUAUAGAAUUUGUGAAGGAAAAUGAAGAUGUGGCUGCACCACAUCACUAUCUCACAAUUGCAGCUCAAUCAAGCAAAACACUUGAUGAUUACCUUUGCAACAACUGAACCAAAAACUAUAUCCCCAACUUCACUUGACUACUCAAAUAUGAUCUAAAUAAACUGAUCUCUCCUAAUUAUCUCUAUGUUUUUAUGAUAUGUGUUUUCAAGGUUUAAUGGAAGAAAUAAUUAUGCUUCAUGAUGCCUUAUUUUCAA